AUGGAGUCUCCGUCUCCGUCUCCGACGCCGGAGUCGAUAUUUCUCGAAGACUUCGGUCAAAAGGUUGACCUCACGAGGCGAAUCCGGGAGGUUCUACUCAACUAUCCGGAGGGCACCACCGUGCUCAAAGAGCUGAUUCAGAACGCUGACGAUGCCGGCGCCACCACCGUCCGUCUCUGCCUCGACCGCCGCCUCCACGGUUCCGACUCGCUUCUGUCCAAGACAUUGGCGCCCUGGCAGGGACCUUCGCUCUUGGCCUACAACGACGCCGUUUUCACCGAGGAGGAUUUCGUCAGCAUUUCGAGGAUCGGAGGGAGCAGCAAGCACGGCCAGGCCUCGAAGACCGGCCGGUUCGGGGUUGGAUUCAACUCGGUGUACCAUUUGACUGAUUUGCCGUCGUUUGUGAGUGGGAAAUAUGUGGUGUUAUUUGAUCCCCAAGGCAUUUUCCUUCCAAACGUUUCGGCUUCGAAUCCCGGGAAGAGAAUCGACUAUGUUUCUUCUUCAGCCAUUUCUGUAUAUAGAGACCAGUUCCUUCCUUACUGUGCUUUUGGCUGUGACAUGAAGACACCGUUUUCCGGGACUCUAUUCCGGUUCCCUUUGAGGAAUGCCGAGCAGGCGGCGACCAGUAAGCUUUCCAGGCAAGAAUAUUCCGAAGACGACCUUAGUUCCUUGUUGGUUCAACUGUAUGAGGAAGGUGUUUUCACAUUACUUUUCCUCAAGAGUGUGUUGCGUGUCGAAAUGUAUGUGUGGGAUGCCCAGGACUCUGAGCCAAGGAAGCUUUAUUCCUGCUCAGUCAGUUCUGCGAGUGAUGAUAUUGUUCGUCAUCGGCAGGCAGUGUUGAGAUUUCCCAAGUCGGUAAAUUCUACAGAGUCUCAGGUGGACUGCUAUUCAGUGGACUUUGUAAGGGAGGCAUUGACAGGGACCCAAGCGGAGAAGAGGACAGAUAGUUUUUAUCUUGUACAAGCACUGGCAUCCACAUCCAGUAGGAUUGGCAAAUUUGCAGCUACUGCUUCUAAGGAAUAUGAUAUGCACUUGCUGCCGUGGGCAUCAGUUGCUGCUUGCAUCACAGAUAAUUCAGAACAGAACGAUGCACUUAGGGCUGGUCAGGCAUUCUGUUUCCUUCCGCUGCCUGUAAGAACUGGUUUGAGUGUACAAGUUAAUGGUUACUUUGAGGUUUCGUCAAAUCGUCGUGGCAUCUGGUAUGGGGCUGAUAUGGACAGAAGUGGGAAAAUUCGUUCUGUCUGGAACAGGCUUCUUCUAGAAGAUGUUGUGGCGCCUGCAUUUACACAGCUUCUUCUUGGCAUACGAGGACUGCUAGAGUCCAAGAAGCUGUACUAUUCCUUAUGGCCAAGCGGUUCUUUUGAAGAGCCAUGGAAUAUUCUUGUUGAGCACAUCUACAAAAACAUCUCAAUUGCUCCUGUAUUGUAUUCAGAAAUUGAAGGUGGAAAAUGGGUGUCACCAGUUGAAGCUUUUCUACAUGAUCAGGAAGUUACUAAGAGCAAGGAACUUGGUGAGGCCCUGAUUGAGCUGGGAAUGCCUAUUGUUGGUUUGCCUAACAAUUUAUUUGACAUGCUUUUGAAAUAUGCUUCCACUGUUAGGCAGAAGGUAGUCACUCCUGAUACAGUACGUUGUUUCCUCAGGGAGUGCAGACUUCUUUCGUCUCUGGGUAAAGCUUACAAGCUUGUAUUGUUGGAAUAUUGUCUUGAAGAUUUGCUUGAUGCUGAUGUUGGGACACAUGCUUGUAAUCUGCCUUUGCUUCCAUUGGCAAAUGGUGAGUUUGGAUUGUUGUCAGAAGCCUGGAAAGGAAUUUCUUAUUUCAUUUGCAGUGAUUUAGAAUUCAGGCUGUCUCAACAAAUAUAUGAUAGAAUAGUAGAUCGGGAUAUUCCUAUGAACUUACUGCAUAGACUCUCUGCUAUUGCGAAGUCCUCAAAGGCAAACCUUCUAAUUUUCAAUGUUCAGUACUUUCUUCAAUUUUUUCCAAGAUUCGUACCUGCUGACUGGAAGUAUAAAAGCAAAGUUUGCUGGGACCCAGAGUCUUGUCAUAAUCAUCCUACUUCUUCGUGGUUUAUGCUGUUCUGGCAAUAUCUUCGGAAUCAAUGCGAUAAGUUGUCUAUUUUUAGUGAAUGGCCUAUACUGCCCUCUACUUCGGGUUAUCUGUAUAGAGCAUCUAGAGAGUCUAAAUUGAUGAAUGCAGAAAAACUUUCAGACAAGGUGCAAGGUGUACUUGUUAAAAUUGGUUGCAAGAUUCUGAACCCAAAUUAUGGAGUUGAACACUCCGAUUUAUUUCAUUAUGUUAGUGAUGGUAAUGCUACUGGCCUUGUCGAAUCUAUAUAUGACGCUGUCUCAUUGAAUUGUGGCACCAUAGAAACAUGUUUUCAUAGUCUGGAAGCGGAAGAGAGGGAUGAACUUCGUUGUUUUCUUCUUGACCCGAAGUGGUAUUUUGGAGACUGUUUAAAUGAGUCUGCCAUACAGAAUUGCAAGAGGCUGCCUAUCUAUAAAGUCUAUGGUGGAGGAUCUACUCAAAGUUUCCAAUUUUCAGAUCUUGAGAAUCCGCGAAAGUACUUGCCACCAUUGGACAUUCCUGAGUGCUUCCUUGGAGCUGAGUUCCUUAUUAGCUCAGAUACUGAGCUGCAGAUUCUGUUAAGAUACUAUGGUAUUGAAAGAAUGGGGAAGGCACACUUCUAUAAGCAGCAGGUUUUGAAUAGAGUUGGGGAGCUGCAACCUGAGGUAAGGAACAAUAUUGUUCUAUCUAUUAUACAAAACCUACCCCAGCUGUGUAUUGAGGACACAUCAUUCAGGGAAUAUUUGAGAAACUUGGAAUUUCUCCCGACCCUAAGUGGUGCUCUUAGAUGUCCUACUGCAUUAUAUGAUCCUCGUAAUGAAGAAUUAUAUGCAUUAUUAGAUGAUUCUGAUAGUUUUCCCUAUGGUCCAUUCCAAGAGCCUGGAAUUUUGGACAUGCUGCAAGGUUUGGGCCUUAGAACAUCUGUGACCCCUGAGACAAUCAUACAAAGUGCUCAACAGGUGGAACGAUUAAUGCAUGAGGAUCAGCAAAAGGCACAUCUAAGGGGGAAAAUUCUGCUGUCAUACUUGGAAGUUAAUGCAAUGAAAUGGAUACCCAAUCUAGCAAGUGGCGAUCAAGGAACGGUGAACAGAAUGUUGUCACGAGCUGGAACUGCAUUCCGACCUCGUAACCUAAAAUCUAAUCUUGAGAAGUUCUGGAAUGAUCUUCGGCUGGUUUCUUGGUGUCCAGUUUUAGUUUCUGCCCCAUUUCUAACUUUGCCAUGGCCUGUUGUGUCAUCCACAGUUGCCCCUCCAAAGCUUGUGAGAUUGCAAGCAGACAUGUGGCUUGUUUCAGCUAGCAUGCGAAUACUAGAUGGGGAGUGCUCAUCUACAGCUCUAUCGUCUAGCCUUGGGUGGUCUUCUCCACCAGGUGGAAGUGUCAUUGCAGCCCAACUACUGGAGCUUGGGAAAAACAAUGAGAUUGUGAAUGAUCAGGUUCUUCGGCAGGAGUUAGCUGUGGCAAUGCCAAGGAUAUAUUCAAUUCUGGCAGGUUUGAUUAAUUCUGAUGAGAUGGACAUAGUAAAGGCUGUUCUUGAAGGCAGCCGAUGGAUUUGGGUGGGAGAUGGAUUUGCAACUGUAGAUGAGGUUGUCCUUAAUGGUCCAAUUCAUCUGGCUCCUUAUAUACGUGUUAUACCCGUUGAUCUUGCAGUUUUCAAGGAAUUAUUUUUGGAGCUUGGAAUUCGAGAAUUCCUGAAGCCUACAGACUAUGCCAAUAUUUUGUGUAGAAUGGCUUUGAAGAAAGGAUCUACUCCUCUUGACUCACAGGAAAUCCGAGCAGCAUUAUUGGUUGUUCAGCAUCUAGCUGAAGUUCAGAUACACAACCAGAAAGUUAAAAUUUAUUUACCAGAUGUGUCAGGCAGAUUAUAUCCUGCCAGUGACUUAGUUUAUAAUGAUGCCCCCUGGUUGCUUGGCUCAGAGGAUCAUGAUAGCCCUUUUGGUGGUUCUUCUAAUAUGCCACUUAAUGCAAGGAGAACAGUACAGAAAUUUGUGCAUGGGAACAUAUCAAUUGAUGUUGCAGAGAAGCUUGGUGUCUGCUCUCUACGUAGGAUAUUGCUGGCUGAGAGUGCUGAUUCAAUGAAUUUGAGUUUAUCUGGUGCUGCUGAAGCUUUUGGACAGCAUGAAGCACUGACAACUAGACUUAAACACAUACUUGAAAUGUAUGCAGAUGGACCUGGAAUUCUUUUUGAGCUGGUUCAAAAUGCAGAGGAUGCUGGAGCUUCUGAGGUGAACUUUCUCCUGGACAAAACUCAAUAUGGGACUUCUUCAGUACUUUCACCUGAAAUGGCGGACUGGCAAGGUCCUGCAUUGUACUGUUUCAAUGACUCUGUAUUUAGUCCGCAAGAUCUUUAUGCAAUCUCACGGAUUGGCCAGGAGAGCAAGCUAGAAAAACCUUUCGCGAUAGGGAGGUUUGGACUGGGUUUUAAUUGUGUGUACCAUUUUACAGACAUCCCCACAUUUGUUUCUGGCGAAAACAUUGUUAUGUUUGAUCCUCAUGCCUGUAAUUUGCCUGGGAUCUCUCCCUCUCACCCUGGCCUAAGGAUAAAAUUUUCUGGAAGAAAGAUUAUGGAACAAUUUCCUGAUCAGUUUUCUCCCUUUUUACACUUUGGCUGUGACUUGCAGCAUCCAUUUCCUGGAACGCUUUUCCGGUUUCCACUUAGGAGUGCUAGUGCUGCUUCUCGAAGCCAGAUUAAGAAAGAAGGAUAUGCACCAGAAGAUGUCAUGUCCCUAUUUUUUUCCUUUUCAAAAGUUGUUUCUGAGACGUUGCUCUUUCUUCGUAAUGUGAAAGUCAUCUCUGUUUUUGUAAAGGAAGGAAGCGGACAUGAAAUGAAACUUUUACAUCGUGUCAACAAGCAUUCCAACAGUGAGCCUGGAAUGGAACCCAAUGCACAACAGGAUGUGUUUAGUCUCUUUGAUGGUAAUCGGCACAAUGGAAUGGAUAAAGAGCAAUUCUUAAAGAAAUUGAGAAAUUCAGCAGAUAAAGAGCUGCCCUUCAAGUGUCAGAAGGUUAAAAUCACAGAAGAAAGCUCAUCUGGUAAUGUAUCACACAGCUGGAUAACUUCCGAGUGUAUAGGUGGUGGACAGGCAAAGAAGAAGUUCCCAGUUUUCAGUGACAAGUCUCAUACUUAUUUCCCCUGGGCAUGUGUUGCUGCAUAUUUACACUCUUCCAAGGUUGGCUUGCAAACAAUUGAUAUCCCAGAGAGCAAUGAGCCCUGUGCUGUUACUUCCAAUUUAUUUCAAGGCCCUCCAGGUCCCUCUGAAGAUAGAAAAGAUAUUGAGGGCCGUGCUUUCUGUUUUCUACCGCUGCCAAUUACGACUGGUCUUCCAGCACAUGUUAAUGCUUAUUUCGAGUUAUCAUCAAAUAGGAGGGACAUCUGGUUUGGUAAUGAUAUGGCUGGUGGUGGAAAAAAGCGCUCAGAUUGGAAUAUGUACUUGCUUGAAGGAGUGGUUGCCCCUGCUUAUGGGCAUAUGCUAGAGAAAAUUGCACCUGAGAUUGGUCCGUGUGAUUUGUUCUUCUCACUUUGGCCUAAGACAAGAGGAUUAGAACCUUGGGCCUUAGUGGUGAGGGAACUAUAUACUUUUAUUGCUGAUUGUGGCCUUCAUGUAUUAUAUACUAAAGCUCGAGGAGGCCAGUGGAUCUCAACCAAACAAGCUAUAUUUCCUGACUUUACUUUUGACAAGGUAGAUGAGCUUAUUGAAGCAUUAUCAGAUGCUGGUCUACCUCUGGUCACUGUUUCCAAGCCAAUUGUUGAGAGAUUUCAGGAUGUUUGCCCCGCCUUGCAUUUUUUGACACCACAGUUGUUGAAGACUUUGUUAAUUCGAAGGAAACGGGAAUUUAAAGAUAGAAACACAAUGAUAUUGGCCCUUGAAUAUUGUCUACUUGACUUGAAGAUGCCUGUUCAAUCUGCUGGUUUGUAUGGUUUGCCUUUAUUACCCCUUGUUGAUGGUUCAUUUACCAUAAUUGACAAAAAUGGAAUCGGGGAAAGAAUAUAUAUUGCGCGAGGGGAUGAGUAUGAUCUUCUCAAGGAUUCGGUUCCAAAUCUACUUGUAGAUUCCGCAAUUCCUGAAGGAGUUUACGAGAAGUUGUGCUACAUAGCCCAAAGCGAGGCCUCCAAUAUUUCUUUUCUUUCAUGUCAUUUACUGGAGAAACUCUUUUUAAGAAUACUUCCUGCAGAGUGGCAUCAUGCCAAACAGGUGACAUGGGCUCCUGGUCAGCAAGGACAACCGAGUGUAGAGUGGGUAAGAGUUCUCUGGAGCUAUUUGAGGUCAUCAUGUGAUGACUUGUCACUGUUCUCUAAAUGGCCAAUUUUGCCUGUUGGUAACAGUUGUCUUGUGCAACUAGUUGACAAUUCAAGCAUAAUCAAGGAUGAUGGGUGGAGUGAGAACAUGUCAGCUUUGUUGCUGAAAAUAGGAUGUGUUUUCCUGAGGCAUGAUCUCGCUGUAGAUCAUCCCCAGUUGAAAAGAUUUGUGCAGUUGCCAACAGCAAUUGGCUUAUUAAAUGCGUUUCUGGCAGUUGCAGGUAAGCUAGAGAACAUUGAGGGGCUUUUUAUUGAUGCAACAGAAGGAGAGUUACAUGAACUUCGGAGUUUCAUUCUUCAGUCCAAGUGGUUUAUCGAAGAGAAAAUGGAAGAUGAGCAUAUUGAUGUCUUGAAGCACCUUCCUAUGUUUGAGUCAUAUAAGAGCAGAAAGUUUGUAAGUUUGAGUAACCCUGUCAAAUUGCUUAAACCUGGUGAUAUUCAGGAGGAUUUUCUGAAUGAUGACUUUGUACGAACCGAAUCCGAGAAAGAAAAAAUUAUUUUGAGAAGAUAUUUAGAGAUAGAAGAACCCUCCAGGAUGGAAUUCUACAGAGAUCAUGUGCUUAACCGUAUGUCAAAAUUCCUUUCAGACCAGGGUUCUCUUACAGCCAUUCUCCAUGGAGUGCAGGUUUUAGUUGAAGAGGAUAAUUCUUUGAAAUCUGCAAUUUCCGAAAUACCUUUCGUUUUGGCAGCUGAUGGAUCUUGGCAGAAGCCUUCGCGGCUCUAUGAUCCUAGAGUCACUGCUUUAACAAAGGUGCUACACAGAGAAGUCUUUUUUCCUUCUGAUAAGUUCUCAGAUAUGGAAACUCUGGAGAUAUUGAAUACACUUGGUCUCCGAAAAACUCUGGGAUAUUCUGGUUUGAUUGAUUGUGCUAGAUCAGUUUCAUUGCUGCAUUUUUCAAGGGAUUCAGAGACACUAAGUUAUGGGAGAAAGUUACUUGUUUGUUUAGAUGCUCUAUCAUGUAAGCUGUCUACUAUGGAAGAGGGAAAUCUUGAUGAGUCGACCAAUGCUGUUUUCCCAAACAACACUCGAACGGAGGAUGCUGAUGUGAUUUACGUUGAGUCUCCCAACAGCAAUGAGAACGUAAAUGUAGAUGAUCCGGACAUAAAUUCUUUUGUUGACGAGUUGAUUGGUGACAAACCAGAAGAGGACUUUUGGACUGAAAUGAGGGCUAUUGCUUGGUGUCCUGUAUGUGUCGAUCCACCUCUCAAAGGAAUCCCAUGGUUGAAAUCCAGUAACCAGGUAGCAUCACCGAGCAACGUGAGACCUAAAUCCCAGAUGUUUGUGGUUUCCUGCUCGAUGCAUAUACUAGAUGGUGUAUGCCACUCGACAUACCUGCAAAAAAAGCUUGGCUGGAUGGAUCCGCCGAACAUAAAUGUUUUGUCCAGGCAGUUGGUCGAGCUACCUAAGCUGUAUUUCCAGCUGAAAUCACAUUCAGAUGACAUAAAAGAUGCUGAUGCUGCACUUAGUGAGGGAAUCCCAUCACUCUAUUCAAAAUUGCAAGAAUAUAUUGGCACUGAUGAAUUUUCGGAGCUAAAGUCAGCUUUACAUGGUGUUUCCUGGAUUUGGAUUGGGGAUAACUUUGUAGCUCCAAAUGCGCUUGCAUUUGAUUCGCCUGUGAAGUUUACUCCAUACUUGUAUGUUGUCCCAUCGGAAUUAUCAGAAUUCAGAGAUUUGCUUAUAAAGCUAGGCGUACGAAUUAGUUUUGAUGUUUCGGACUAUUUGCAUGUCUUGCAACGCCUGCAGAUUGAUGUGAAAGGAUUCCCACUCUCAACAGAUCAGUUAAAUUUUGCGCAUUGUGUCCUUGAUGCUGUAGCAGACUGUUCCUCUGAGAAACCACCAUUUGAAGUUUCUAACACUCCAAUUUUAAUUCCAGAUUUUUCUGGAGUUCUGAUGGAUGCUGGCGAUCUUGUGUAUAAUGAUGCACCAUGGAUGGAACACAAUACUCUUGGGGGGAAACAUUUUGUACAUCCAACUAUCAGCAAUGAUCUGGCAAAUAGAUUAGGGGUACAAUCACUUCGUAGCCUCUCUUUAGUUGAUGAUGAAAUGACUAAAGAUAUUCCGUGCAUGGACUUUGCUAAAAUAAAAGACCUUUUAGCUUCGUAUGGGGACAAUGACUUGUUAUUGUUCGACCUGCUUGAGUUGGCAGAUUGUUGCAAAGCCAAUAAGUUGCACCUGAUCUUUGACAAGAGGGAACAUCCUCGGCAGUCUUUGCUGCAACACAAUAUGGGGGAAUUUCAAGGGCCUGCCUUAUUAGCUGUCCUGGAAGGAGCUAGCUUGAGUAGAGAGGAAGUCAGUAGUCUCCAAUUUCUACCUCCAUGGAGACUAAGGGGUGCUACUGUGAACUAUGGUUUGGCUUUGCUUAGCUGCUAUUUUGUCUGUGAUGUCCUUUCUGUUGUUUCUGGUGGCUACUAUUAUAUGUUCGAUCCCCGUGGUUCAGUCCUUGCUGCACCUUCAACUUGUACUCCUGCGGCAAAAAUGUUUUCUCUGACCGGUACAAAUUUAACUGAUCGGUUCCGUGAUCAAUUUAAUCCUAUGCUGAUUGACCAUAGUAGGCCAUGGCCGUCAUUGGAUUCUACUAUUAUUCGCAUGCCUCUAUCAUCUGAAUGUUUGAAUAAUGAACUUGAGUUUGGAUUAAGGAAAGUAAAGCAGAUUACUGAGAAAUUUUUGGAGCAUUCUUCUAGAUCACUUAUAUUCUUGAAGUCAGUAAUGCAGGUGUCAAUCUCUACAUGGGAGGAAGGAAGUGCACAGCCAUGCCAUGACUAUUCAGUUAGCAUUGACGCAUCAUCUGCUAUCAUGAGGAAUCCGUUUUCGGAAAAGAAAUGGAGGAAGUUCCAAAUAUCUCGGUUAUUUAAUAGCUCCAAUGCUGCAACCAAAUUGCAAGUAAUUGAUGUGAACUUGAAACGAGGGGAAGCAAGAGUUGUUGAUCGAUGGCUUGUUGCACUCAGCCUGGGAUCUGGGCAAACAAGAAAUAUGGCUCUUGAUAGGCGAUAUCUGGCAUACAACCUGACACCUGUCGCUGGAGUUGCAGCACAUAUUUCCCGAGAUGGCUAUCCUGUUGAUGUUUGUCUAACGAGCUCUAUCAUGUCCCCCCUUCCUUUGUCUGGUGGUAUAAAUAUACCUGUUACUGUUCUUGGAUGCUUCUUGGUUUGUCACAAUGGAGGUCGUUCUCUCUUUAAUUAUCAAGACAAAGAAGCUUCCUCAGCAGAGGCACGGGUUGAUGCUGGAAAUCUAUUAAUGGAAGCUUGGAACAAAGAGCUGAUGUCAUGUGUUCGUGAUUCCUACAUUGAAUUGAUAUUGGAAAUCCAGAGAUUAAGAAUAGAUCCUUCUAGUUCCACAACUGAAUCAAGUGCUGGUCUUGCAGUCAGCCUGUCUUUGAAGGGCUACGGAGAUCAAAUUUAUUCCUUUUGGCCGAGGUCCAACAGGCAUAAUUUGGCCAAACAACCAGGAGAUGGCAGUAUACCUUCAAUUGAAGUGCUUAAAUCAGAUUGGGAAUGUGUAAUUGAACAGGUGAUAAGUCCUUUUUAUGCUCGUAUAGUUGACCUUCCUGUGUGGCAGCUUUACUCAGGAAAUUUUGCCAAGGCUGAAGAGGGUAUGUUUCUUUCACAACCUGGACAUGGGGUGGGUGGGAAUUUACUUCCGGCUACAGUCUGCAGCUUUGUAAAGGAGCACUACCCAGUGUUCUCAGUACCUUGGGAGUUGGUGACCGAAAUCCAAGCCCUGGGAAUUACAGUUCGGGAAGUGAAACCAAAGAUGGUACGGAAUCUGUUAAGAGUUUCUUCAUCAUCAAUUGUUCUCCGAUCAGUUGAUAUGUAUGCAGAUGUGCUUGAGUACUGCUUGUCUGAUAUUGAGAUUGGAGAUUCAUUCAAUUCAGCUGGAAAUUCCCUGACAGUUGACCACAAUAACACUAGAGGGGAUCGCCAAGUUGCUGGUGGGAGUUCUGCUUCCCAGUCAUCUACUAAUUUGCACACCUAUCCAGCAUCAUCUACACAGAAUGCUGCCAGUUCAGGAGAUGCAAUUGAGAUGGUGACAAGUUUGGGCAAGGCUUUAUUUGAUUUUGGCCGUGGAGUCGUGGUGGAUAUUGGUAGGUCUGGGGGGCCCUUGGUUCAGAGGAACAUGGUUGCAGGUAGUGGUAACAGCAUCUAUGGAGAUGGAGACCUGAAUCUUCUAUCAAUAGCAGCUGAGCUCAAAGGUUUGCCAUGUCCAACUGCAGCAAACCGUUUAACUAAGUUGGGGUUUACUGAACUUUGGGUUGGGAAUACAGAGCAGCAGGCAUUGAUGGCUUCCUUGGCUGAAAAGUUUGUUCACCCUAAAGUAUUGGAUAGACCGAUCCUCGCUGAUAUAUUUUCAAAUGGUGUGCUACAAUCAUUACUAAAACUGCAAAGUUUCUCUCUUCAUUUACUGGCCAGUCAUAUGAAGCUAGUUUUUCAUGCGAACUGGGCGAGUUAUGUAAUGGGCUCAAACAUGGUUCCUUGGUUUUCAUGGGAGAAUAAUAAAUCAAGCUCCAGUGGUGAAGGUGGCCCUUCCCCUGAAUGGAUACGACUCUUUUGGAAGAAUUUCAACGGCUCUUCAGAAGAUCUUUUGCUUUUUUCUGAUUGGCCUCUAAUUCCGGCUUUUCUUGGUCGGCCAAUAUUAUGCCGUGUUAGGGAGCGGGACUUGGUCUUCAUUCCACCCCUUCUUAUUGAUCCAACUUCAGAAGAAAAUGCUUCAGAAACUAGUGCAACUGGAAGCAAUCAUAUGCCUGAAUCCGAAACAAUUCAAUCAUACAUUUCAGCUUUUGAAGUAACUAAAAACCAACACCCGUGGUUGUUGUCACUUCUGAACCACUGCAACAUACCUAUAUUUGAUAUAGGUUUCUUACACUGUGCUGCCCCAAGCAACUGCUUCCCUCCCCCUGAAAAAUCAUUAGGGCAAGUUAUUGCGUCUAAGAUGGUUGCGGCUAAAACUGCUGGCUAUUUCUCCGAAGUCACUUCCCUUUCAGCUCCAAAUUGUGAUGCGCUUUUUGCACUUUUUGCUAAUGAUUUCUUGUCUAAUGGCUCUAAUUACAGAAGGGAAGAACUUGAAGUUUUGCGCUCACUUCCUAUUUAUAAAACAGUUGUGGGUUCUUAUACACGAUUGAUCAGUGAUGAUCUGUGUAUGAUCUCCACAACUUCAUUCCUCAAGCCCUUUGAUGAACGUUGUCUUUCCUAUACCACUGAUUCAGUUGAAUUUACAUUACUUAGAGCACUUGGAGUCCAAGAAUUGCAUGAUCAACAGAUUUUAGUCAGAUUUGGGCCCAAGGAUUUGUUUGAUCCUGGUGAUGCUUUAUUAACAUCUGUCUUCUCUGGUGAGAGGAAAAAGUUUCCUGGAGAAAGGUUUUUUGCUGAUCGGUGGCUUCGAAUUUUAAGGAAAACUGGCCUGCAAACUGCAAUAGAAUCAGAUGUAAUACUUGAAUGUGCCAAAAGAGUGGAUUUUCUUGGAAGUGAAUGCAUGAGAUCCAGAGAUUUGGAUGAUUUUGACGACCUAACCAACUCUCAGAGUGAAGUUUCUAUGGAAGUAUGGACGUUGGCUGGAUCUGUUAUUGAAGCAAUUUUCUCGAACUUUGCUGUCCUCUACAGCAACAACUUCUGUGAUCUUCUUGGAAAGAUUAAAUGCAUACCUGCUGAAUUUGGUUUUCCAAAUGUUGCUGGAAAAAAAGGUGGCAAGAGAGUGCUCGCUUCAUAUAGCGAAGCUAUUCUGCUAAAGGAUUGGCCUUUGGCUUGGAGCUGUGCUCCCAUUCUUUCGAGACAAAAUGUUGUUCCUCCCGAUUACUCCUGGGGUUCCCUCCAGCUUAGGAGCCCUCCAGCUUUUCCUACAGUAAUAAAGCACUUGCAGAUUAUUGGGAGAAAUGGUGGUGAAGACACACUUGCUCAUUGGCCAACUGUGUCUGGUAUGAUGACUGUUGAUGACGCUUCUUGUGAGGUGUUAAAGUACCUGGAUAAGAUUUGGAAUUCUCUCUCUUCUUCAGAUAUAACGGACUUGCAAAGAGUACCAUUUAUACCUGCUGCAAAUGGCACACGCCUUGUGACUGCAAACCUUCUUUUUGCCCGCCUAACAAUUAACUUAUCCCCAUUUGCAUUUGAACUUCCGUCUUCAUAUCUUCCCUUUUUGAAGAUUUUAAAAGAUUUGGGACUUCAGGACAUGCUAUCCAUUGCCUCUGCAAGGGAUCUUCUCUUGAAUCUUCAGAAAACCUGUGGAUAUCAACGUCUAAAUCCAAAUGAACUCCGUGCUGUGCUAGAAAUUUUGUAUUUUAUCUGUGAUGGAGCUACUGCAGAUGACAUGUCCAAUGGGCCCAAUUGGAAAUCAGCAGCAAUCGUCCCUGAUGAUAGCUGCAGACUAGUUCAUGCGAAUUCCUGUGCGUAUAUUGAUUCCCAUGGAUCCCGUUUUGUAAAGCGCAUUAACCCUUCCAGGUUAAGAUUUAUUCACCCAGAUCUUCCAGAGAGAUUUUGUACUGUUCUGGGGAUAAAGAAGCUGUCUGAUGUAGUCAUAGAGGAAUUAGAUCAUGAGGAACAUGUGGAAUUUUUGGAUCAUAUAGCAUCAGUUCCAAUUGUAGCCAUCCGAGAGAAACUGUUGAGCAAGUCACUUCAGAGUGCUGUAUGGACGGUUGUGAACAGCAUGGCUAGUUACAUUCCUGCAAUUAAGCAUUUAACUCUGGAUACCGUACAAAACUUAUUAGAAUCUGUUGCAGAAAAGUUGCAGUUUGUUAAGUGCCUCCAUACCCGCUUUUUGCUCCUCCCACAUUCUGUAGACAUUACCCAUGCUGCUAAGGAAUCCAUCAUCCCAGAGUGGGUUAAUGGAUCCAUGCAUCAGACACUUUACUUCAUUAACCGGACUAAUACCUGUAUAUUAGUUUCUGAACCACCACCGUAUAUUUCUGUUUUUGAUGUUAUCGCAAUUGUUGUGAGUCUGGUCUUAGGGUCCCCCACUCCAUUACCUAUUGGAUCUUUAUUCAUCUGUCCUGGAGGCUCUGAAACUGCAAUCAUUGAUCUUUUGAAGCUUUGUUCUGACAAGCAAGAAAUGGAAGCCACCAGUGGAAGCAAUGGAUUGGUAGGUAAAGAACUGUUACCCCAAGAUGUUCAUCAAGUACAGUUUCAUCCAUUAAGACCAUUUUACGCUGGAGAGAUAGUGGCAUGGCGGUCUCAGAAUGGAGAAAAGCUCAAAUAUGGUAGAGUUCCGGAGGAUGUUCGACCAUCAGCUGGCCAAGCAUUAUAUAGAUUCAAGGUGGAGACUUCACUGGGUUUGAUGCAGCCUCUUCUAUCUUCUCAUGUCUUUUCGUUCAAAAGUGUAGCAAUGGGAAGUGAGAGUUUACCAAUGUCUAUGGAUGAUGCUCAUACAAUGGAUCAUAGCAGAACUCGUAUAGACAUGCCAGAAACUUCUGGAAGUGGCAAAUCAAGAGCUUCUCAGGUAUCUGGCAAAGACCUGCAGUAUGGCCUUGUAUCACCUGCAGAACUCGUGCAAGCAGUACAAGAGAUGCUCUCUGCUGCUGGAAUUUAUAUGGAUGUGGAGAAGCAGUCCCUACUGCAAAAAACAUUAACGCUGCAAGAACAAUUGAAAGAGUCGCAGACUUCACUUCUGCUUGAACAGGAAAAGGCUGAUGCUGCUGCAAAAGAAGCUGAUACAGCAAAAGCAGCUUGGGUCUGUAGGGUCUGCUUGAGUGCUGAAGUUGACAUAACAAUAGUUCCUUGUGGUCAUGUACUUUGCCGGAGGUGUUCUUCUGCUGUUUCUAGGUGUCCAUUUUGUCGGCUCCAGGUCUCAAAAACUCUGAGAAUUUUUCGGCCAUAAGAAUCCCAGGUUAUCCAGUGUUCUGUUCAUAAUUUUCAGUUUUAGGUUAGCGGUACAAUUUUUUAUUUUUUUUAUUUUUGUACAUAACGCUAGUCUGUAUAGUUUUCGUGCAUAUCAUACACAUUGAAAAUUGACAACUAAUGCGACAAAAAAGAA